UAAUUCCCCCACAAACAAACACGUGCAUGCAAAAAAGCUGAUUUAACGAACAGAGGGUAAGUUUGUGCGGGAGCAACUGCACAUUGAUGGAGUGUUUGAAAUCCCCUUUCCUGUACUUGAGUGUACCUUCAAAACCCCAUUCCCUUAUGGAAAAGAAAACGAAGAAGAGACCCACUCGCUUUCUCAUUCGCUGCUCCAUCCAGCGCGACCCGUGGUCCCCGAGUUUCAGCGACCCAACGCGGCCGAAGCCGCGGACGAGGAACCCAAAGACGCCUCUGUCCGACGACAACGCGCGGCGCAUCAUAAAGAAGAAGGCGGCGUACCAGAGCAUUCUGCGGCGGAACCAGGGCCCGCAGGCGCAGACCCCGAGGUGGAUAAAGAGAACCCCCGAGCAGAUGCUCCAGUACUUGCAAGACGACCGCAACGGUCACCUCUACGGCAAACACGUCGUGGCCGCAAUAAAGAAAGUGCGCUCUCUCUCGCAGAAAGUUGACGGCGACUACGACAUGAGGAUGGAAAUGGCUUUCUUUGUCGGAAAACUCAGCUUCAAGGAGAUGUGCGUCGUGCUCAAGGAGCAAAAGGGGUGGAGGCAAGUCAGAGACUUCUUUUCUUGGAUGAAAUUGCAGCUGAGCUACAGACCAAGUGUAGUUGUCUACACAAUAGUAUUGCGCUUAUAUGGGCAAGUUGGAAAGCUAAAACUGGCAGAAGAGAUCUUCUUGGAGAUGCUCGAUGUGGAUUGUGAGCCAGAUGAAGUUGCUUGUGGUACAAUGCUUUGUUCGUAUGCUAGAUGGGGACGCCAUAAGGCUAUGCUGUCUUUUUAUUCUGCUGUAAAAGAAAGGGGAACAAUUCUAUCUGUUGCUGUCUUCAACUUUAUGAUGUCUUCUUUGCAAAAGAAAUCACUCCAUAGAGAGGUUGUAGAGAUGUGGAACGAUAUGUUGGAAAAAAGGGUGAUACCUAAUAGUUUUACUUAUACAGUAUCCAUCACCUCUCUUGUCAAAGAAGGGCUGUAUCAAGAUGCUUUCAAGACUUUUGAUGAGAUGAGGAAUAAUGGAGUUGUUCCCGAGGAGGUAACAUAUAAUCUGCUUAUAAAUAUAAGUGCUAAAAGUGGCAACAGAGAUGAAGUGCAAAGACUGUAUGAGGAUAUGAUUUUUCGAGGGAUAGUUCCUAGUAAUUACACUUGUGCUUCACUUUUAUCUUUAUAUUACAAAUAUGAGGACUACCCUAGAGCCCUGUCCCUUUUUUCACAAAUGGUAAGCAACAAAAUUGAUGCUGAUGAAGUCAUAUAUGGUUUGCUUAUAAGAAUUUAUGGAAAACUUGGCUUAUACGAGGAUGCUCGCAAAGCAUUUGAAGAGACAAAUCAGCGUGGUCAACUCACCAGUGAGAAAACAUAUUUGGCAAUGGCUCAAGUCCAUCUUACUUCAGGAAAUGUGGACAAAGCCUUACAAGUUAUUGAACUCAUGAAGUCUAGUAACAUAUGGUUCUCUCGAUUUGCAUAUAUUGUGUUGCUGCAGUGCUAUGUGAUGAAAGAAGAUGUAGUAUCUGCUGAAGGAACAUUUCUAGCUCUCUCCAAAACAGGUCCACCUGAUGCUGGUUCCUGUAAUGAUAUGCUCAGUUUGUAUGUGGGGCUUAAUUUGAUGAAUAAGGCAAAGGAGUUCAUUAUCCAAAUAAGGGAGGAUGGGAUGCAUUUUGACAAGGAGCUUUAUAGAACAGUUAUGAAGGUUUACUGUAAGGAAGGAAUGCUGCCAGAAGCUGAGCAGUUGACAAAUCAGGUGGUUGAGAAUGAAUCUUUUCAAAGUGAUAAAUUCUUCAAGACAUUUUAUUGGAUUCUCUGUGAACAUAAGGGGGAUGCACAAUCUAAUGAUGAACUUGUGGCCAUUGAGCCCAUUGACAAACUUGAUGCCACAGCUCUUGGGCUGAUGCUCAGUUUAUUUCUGACAAAUGACAACUUCAGCAGGACAAAAUUAUUACUAAAACUGCUGUUGGGUUAUGCUGCAGGGGGAUCAAAAGUUGUUAGUCAACUCAUCAUCAAUUUGUGUAAAGAAGGAGAAAUCAGUAAAGCAGAAUUGCUUAAUGAUCAAUUAAUUAAGCUUGGCUGCAGAAUGGAAGAAGCCACUGUAGCUUCUUUAAUUAGCCAUUAUGCCAAACAACAAAUGCUGAAACAAGCUGAAGAUAUCUUUGCAGAAUACGUAAAUCCCUCCACAUCUAGUAAACUGCUGUAUAACUCGAUGAUCAAUGCAUAUGCUAAAUGUGGUAAACAAGAGAAAGCAUAUUUGCUAUACAAGCAAGUGACCGAGGAAGGACAUGAUCUAGGCGCUGUUGGAAUGAGCAUUGCUGUAAAUUCUUUGACCAAUGGAGGAAAACAUCUGGAGGCUGAGAAUUUUAUCUACAACAGUCUUAAAGACAACCUGGAGCUUGACACUGUGGCUUACAAUACCUUUAUCAAGGCCAUGCUUGAAGCAGGCAAAUUGCAAUUUGCAUCCAGUAUUUUUGACCGCAUGAAUUCCUCUGGUGUUGCUCCAUCAAUUGAAACAUUCAACACAAUGAUAAGUGUCUAUGGACAAGAUCAGAAGUUGGAUAGAGCAGUGGAGAUGUUCAACAAAGCUAGCUCAAUUAAUGUCCCGCUGGAUGAAAAAACAUACAUGAAUUUGAUAGGCUAUUAUGGGAAAGCUGGUAUGAUUCUUGAAGCUUCGCAGUUGUUCAGUAAAAUGCAGGAAGAAGGUAUAAAGCCUGGAAAGGUAAGUUACAAUAUCAUGAUCAAUGUAUAUGCUAGUGCCGGAGAUCUUCGCCAAACAGAUAAAAUUUUCCAGGCCAUGCAGAGGCAAGGUUGUUUGCCUGAUUCUUUCACGUAUCUUUCCCUUGUCCAAGGGUACACGAGGAAUAGGAAUUUUUAUAAAGCCGAAGAAACUUUACAUGCUAUGCAGAGUAAAGGCAUUCCACCAUCUUGUGUCCAUUUUAAUAUUUUACUUCACGCUUUCACAAAAGCUGGAUUGAUUGAGGAAGCGAAGAGGGUUUACGAGGAGCUAUCAACUUUUGGUUUAGUUCCUGAUCUAGUAUGUUACCGUACAAUGCUAAAUGGUUACCUGAAAUAUGGAUAUGUGGAAGAGGGAAUCAACUUUUUUGAAAGUAUACACGAAUCAACAAAAAGAGACAGAUUUAUCAUGAGUGCAGCUGUGCAUUUUUACAGAUCUGCUAGAAAGGAAAGGAAAGCUAAAGAAAUAUUAAUUUCAAUGAACAACAAGGGGAUCCCAUUCCUGAAGAAUCUUCAAGUUGGAUCAGAAGAGAGAUUGAAAACUCCAUGAGAUACUUCUGUACUUUGAGAAGGGUUCUGAGGAUGGACUUGGUCCACGUCUGUUGCUAUGCAACCUUUGCCUUUUGACUGCUCUUCUUGCCGAACCUUCCUUUGAAAGGUGUAAGUCUGUUAAAUGGACUUAAAGAUAUUGUAGAGACUCCAGGCACAAAGAGUUUCUGAGCGUUCUAUGUUCCUUCCAAGCUGUUUCUAUAACUAAUGAAAUGGCAGUAUUGAAGGGAUGAGACCCCAAGUGUGUGCAAAGACAGAAGAGUAGAGAUAAGGAUAGGGAUCAUAUACACUUGAAGCUAACACUGUAUAGUUGUAACUUACUAAACUGUGACUGGUAGGAUAAAUAGGGUAGUUGGAGUGGCAAAGGCUUAUUGUAUUGUUUACUGGCGCUCUCAAAUUGCGCUAAGUGUACAUCAUCUACCCUUAAUACCCCCAAUCUGGAGGAGGCUGCUGUUAUAAUUAAAUCUGUAUUUUUUUCUGCUA